AUGACGGGUUUCGGGGCCGGAGGUCCCUGCCCGAAGCCCCAGGAGCUUGGGGGGCCGGCGUCUAUCCUGCUCCGGGGACCGUCCUCGGGGCGGCCGGGGCAGCAUGUCCAGCCCGGCCCGGCGCGGCAGCUUUCCUUACAAGGAGUUUGGCUGGGGCCCGAGCGGCCCAUGCCUCAUGCACCGGCAGCCCCGGCGGCGCAGGGGCCGCUGCUCCCCCAGCCCUGGCCCCGGCCUCGGCCCCUGCGCACCCCGGCGCGCCCCACGUCUCCUCUGGCGGCGGGUUUUAAGAUGUUCGGCAACCCCCGAGCCGGGGGCGAGCGGCCGCCCCAGAGCCCCCUCGCUGAAUGCAACGUGGCCAUCCUGGGGUGCCGAGGGGCCGGCAAGUCAGCCUUGACCGUGAAGUUUCUAACCAAGAGGUUCAUAAGCGAAUAUGAUCCGAACUUGGAGGACACCUAUGCCUCGGAGGAGCUGGUGGACCAGCAGCCCGUGCUGCUGAAGGUGAUGGACACCGCUGACCAGGACGGCCCCGGGAACUGCGAGCGCUACCUGCACUGGGCCAGCGCCUUCCUCGUUGUCUACAGCAUCGAUGAUAGGAAGAGCUUCGAGGGCUGCCAGCCCUACCUGGAGGUCCUCGCCCUGCACGUGAAGGGCUGCCAGCGUCGCUGCCCCGUGCUCCUGCUGGGCAACAAGCUGGACAUGGAGCAGUACAGGCAGGUGCCCGCAGCCGAAGGGAUGUCGCUGGCGAGCAGGUUCGGGUGCCUCUUCUAUGAGGUGUCAGCGUGCCAGGACUUCGCGAGGGUGCAGCACGUCUUCUACGAAGCCGUGCGGGAGGUGCGGCACCAGGCGGAGCAGAGCCUGCCUGUCCAGCCACUCUUCAUCACCGAGGAGCGUCCCUGCCCACCGGUGGCCACGCCAGUCACCCUGCCCACCCGCCAUGGCUUGGCCAGCUGCACCUUCAACACCCUCUCCACCGUCAACUACAAGGAGAUCCCCUCGGUGGCCCAGGCCAAGCUGGUCACCGUCAAGUCCUCGCGGGCUCAGAGCAAGAGGAAGGCUCCCACGCUCACCUUGCUGAAAGGUUUCAAGAUAUUUUAGGACGCGUCCCCAUGGGCUGCAGAGGGGGUGGCGAGAGACCCCCCUCCCCCCUGGCUCCGCAAGGGCUGAGACCAUCCACG